CCUCCACGCGGCCAUGGCUGCGCCGCUGCGCGACAAGUUCCAGUUCUCCAUCGACCGCGGCGGCACCUUCACGGACGUCUUCGCCCGCUGCCCCCGGGGGAAGGUGCGCGUGCUGAAGUUGCUCUCCGAGGACCCGGCCAACUACAGCGAUGCGCCCACCGAGGGCAUCCGCCGCGUCUUGGAAGAGGAGUGCGGGGUCCCCUUCCCCAAAGACCAGCCCCUGGACACGUCGCACAUUGAGUGGAUCCGCAUGGGCACCACGGUGGCCACCAACGCCUUGCUGGAGAGGAGGGGGGAGCGCGUCGCCCUGCUCAUCACCAAGGGCUUCCGGGACCUGCUGCACAUCGGCAACCAAGCCCGGCCGCAGAUCUUCGACCUGGCGGUGGUGGUACCGGAGGUCUUGUAUGAAGCCGUGGUGGAGGUGGACGAGCGUCUGGUCCUGCAUCGCGAGGGGUGCCAGCUCUUUGAGUCAGCCCAGCCAGUCACAGGCUUGACAGGGGAAGCCCUGGUGGUGGGGCGACCCGUGGACCUGGAGGCCCUGCGGGGGGAACUGGAGGGGCUGUUGGCCCGUGGCAUCUGCAGCCUGGCCGUGCUGCUCCUCCACUCCUACAUGUGGCCGGAGCACGAGCGGCAGGUGGGGGCCCUGGCCCGGGAGCUGGGCUUCCAUCAGGUGUCGCUCUCCUCCGAGGUGAUGCCCAUGGUGCGGGCGGCGCCCCGGGGCUACACAGCUUGCGCAGACGCCUACCUCACCCCCUGCAUCCGCCGCUACCUGGACAGCUUCCGGGCCGGCUUUGCUGACCACCUCCAGGACGUGCCGGUCAUGUUCAUGCGCUCCGACGGCGGCCUCACCCCCAUGGAGGCCUUCAGCGGCUCCCGCGCCAUCCUGUCGGGUCCAGCCGGGGGCGUCGUGGGCUACGCCGUCACCACCUACCGCCGGGCGGAUGGGCAGCCCGUCAUUGGCUUUGACAUGGGAGGCACCUCCACGGACGUGAGCCGCUACGCCGGGGAGUACGAGCACGUCUUUGAGGCCACGACGGCUGGCAUCAGCAUCCAGGCCCCGCAGCUGGACAUCAACACGGUGGCCGCAGGGGGCGGCUCGCGGCUCUUCUUCAGGUCUGGGCUUUUCGUUGUUGGCCCCGAGUCAGCGGGAGCCCACCCCGGCCCCACUUGCUACCGGAAGGGGGGGCCGCUGACCGUGACGGACGCCAACCUGUGCCUGGGCCGCCUGCUGCCCGGCUACUUCCCGCACAUCUUUGGGCCGAGCGAGAACCUGCCGCUCUCACGCGAGGCCACCCUGCGGGCGUUUCAGGAGCUUGCUGCCAAGGUCAAUGCCUUCCUGGGGGCCCGGGGGCCCCUCAGCAUGGAGGAGGUAGCCAUGGGCUUCAUCCAAGUGGCCAACGAAACCAUGUGCCGGCCCAUCCGGGCCUUGACGCAGGCCCGGGGCCACGACACCUCGCGCCACGUGCUGGCUUGCUUUGGCGGAGCUGGGGGGCAGCAUGCUUGUGCCAUCGCCCGGACCCUGGGCAUGAGCAAGGUCUUCAUUCACAAGCACAGCGGCAUCCUAUCGGCCUUCGGGCUGGCGCUGGCGGACGUGGUGCACGAGGCGCAAGAGCCCUGCUCCCUGGUCUAUGGGCCGGAGGCCUAUGCGCAGCUGGACCAGCGCCUGGCAGCUCUGGAGCGGGAGUGCGUGCGCGCCCUGGAGGCGGAGGGCUUUGCCAGGUCCCAGAUCAGCACCGAGGCCUUCCUGCACCUGCGCUACGAGCGGACGGACUGCGCGCUCAUGUGCUCCGCCAAGGGCCACCCAGCCAGCCCGGCGGGGUCCUGCCGCAGCGGGGACUUUGGCGCGGCCUUUGCCACCAGGUACCGGCAGGAGUUUGGGUUCACCAUCCCCAACCGGGCCGUCCUGGUGGAUGACGUGAGGGUGAGGGGCACGGCCAGCGUCGGCCUGGGCCCGGGAGAACCGUUGCCUGCCACGGAAAAGCCCGCCCGGCUCGAAACGGUAUCCCGCUGUUACUUUGAGGGUGGCUACCUGGACACCAGCGUCUACUUGCUGGAGGACCUCUCCUGCGGCCACGUGAUCCCCGGCCCCAGCAUCAUCAUUGAUAAGAACAGCACCAUCCUCGUGGAGCCGGGCUGCACGGCCUCCGUGACGCGCCUCGGGGACAUUUGCAUCGCGGUGGGCUGUGGGGCGGAGCGCCCUGUCGGCCCCCGGAUCGACCCCAUCCGGCUCUCCAUCUUCUCCCAUCGCUUCAUGAGCAUCGCAGAGCAGAUGGGACGCAUCCUGCAGCGCACGGCCAUCUCCACCAACAUUAAAGAGAGGCUAGACUUCUCCUGCGCUCUCUUCGGACCUGACGGGGGGCUGGUCUCCAAUGCGCCCCACAUCCCUGUCCAUCUGGGGGCCAUGCAGGAGACGGUGCAGUUUCAGAUCCGGAACCUGGGUGCUGAACUCCACGAGGGGGACGUGAUCCUGAGCAACCACCCGUGCGCAGGAGGCAGCCACCUGCCCGACCUCACAGUCAUCACGCCGGUGUUCUGGCCGGGGGAGGCGGCGCCCGUGUUCUUUGUGGCCAGCCGGGGGCACCACGCCGACAUUGGCGGGAUCACGCCGGGCUCCAUGCCCCCCCACUCCCGCUCGCUGCAGGAAGAGGGGGCCGUGUUCGUCUCCUUCAAGCUAGUCGAGGACGGCGUCUUCCAGGAGGAGGCGGUGACGGAGGCCCUGAUGGCUCCGGGCCGCCUCCCCGGCAGCAGCGGCACACGCAACCUCCACGACAACCUCUCCGACCUGCGCGCUCAGGUGGCGGCCAAUCAAAAGGGGAUCCACCUGGUGAACGAACUGAUUGGUCAGUACGGCUUGGAGGUGGUGCAGGCCUACAUGGCACACAUCCAGGCCAACGCGGAGGUGGCUGUGCAGGAGAUGCUGAAGGACUUUGCCAGACGCCAAGGGCAGCCGGGAUGCCCCCUGGCGGUGGAGGCGGAGGACUUCAUGGACGACGGCUCCCCCAUUCGCUUAAAAGUGACCAUUGACCCGCAGGAGGGCAACGCCGUGUUCGAUUUCACGGGAUCCGGCCACGAGGUGUUCGGGAACUGCAACGCGCCCCGCGCCAUCACCCUCUCGGCCUUGAUCUACUCCUUGCGCUGCAUGGUGGGCCAGGACAUCCCCCUCAACCAGGGCUGCCUGGCUCCCGUGAAGGUCGUCAUCCCCAGGGGCUCCAUUCUGGACCCCUCCCGGGACGCUGCCGUGGUGGGGGGCAACGUGCUGACUUCGCAGAGGGUGGUGGAUGUCAUCCUGCGCGCGUUCCAGGCCUGUGCAGCCUCUCAGGGCUGCAUGAACAACGUCACCUUUGGCAACGAGCGCGUCGGCUACUACGAGACGGUGGCUGGCGGGGCGGGGGCGGGGCCCUCCUGGCACGGCCGCAGUGGGGUGCACAGCCACAUGACCAACACUCGCAUCACUGACCCCGAGAUCUUGGAGAAGCGGUACCCGGUGAUCCUGCGGUGUUUCCAUCUGCUCCAGGGCACUGGGGGCGGCGGGCAGUUCCGAGGCGGCGAUGGCGUCUGCCGGGAGCUGCAGUUCCGGGAGGAGAUGGUGCUGUCGGUGCUGAGCGAGCGCCGGGCCUUCCGGCCGUACGGGCUGCAAGGCGGUGAGACUGGUGCUCGGGGGCUGAACCUGCUCAUCCGGCGGGAUGGCCGGACCGUCAACCUGGGCGGGAAGACGUCCGUGCAAGUGUGCCCUGGGGACGUCUUCCGCCUGCAGACCCCUGGCGGGGGGGGCUUCGGACCGCCCGCUGCAGCUGCGCCCGUGGGCUCUCGGCCGCUGACCCCUCCUGAAGGCCAGCGCUUUGUGGAGCGGGGGAGCCUCUAUGACUUCCGCCUGGCCCAGGAGACGGCCUGAAGGCGCCCAGGAGCUGGCCACAGCCCAUGGGACCCUCGGAUCAGGGGAGGGGCGGAUGUG